AUGGCGUUGAGCGCGGUCGCUUCGUCCGCCGCCGACACUAUCACAGCGUGGUCGGCGUUCGCUCGAAGGAUUCAGCGCAGCCGAGGAGAGUCACUUCUCUCAAAAGAUGACCACGAUAGCACCCAAACUGCUCUAGGUUGUACCUCCGGCGCUAAGUGCGAUGACGGUCGAAUUAACGGUGUCGUUGCUGUCGGCGAUUGUGCUGGCGUUGGGGCUGGCGCUGGCGUUGGGGUUAAAGGCGGUAUUGGUGACGGUGGUGGUCAUGAGGCCAGCACCGGGUUGCCUGGCGGGGGUUAGGGGGUAGCCGGCAGUGGUGUUUGCUCCUACGCGUCAGGUGAAGGCGAAGGACUCGGGGCUUAUGACUUGGUAAAGUGGCGCCAGGAGCGGAUGAAAGAGUACCUAGGAAAGGCCGUGUGGACGUUAGCCACUACUACAUAGACUGAUGCUGUACGCGUACAGUACUUGUUGAAUACGCACUGGUUUUGGUGCAAGAAAAUAGGACGUCUUCGUGUCCUAUGUUCCGGGUUGGUCGGGUAGUGUCGCGGCGGCCUUGGGUCGCAUUCUACGAUCGCGUCGCCGUCGCUUGGUCGUUCACGGCCAACAC